CAAGAAAAAAACAAGGAAAAAAACAAAGAAAUCUUCCUUAUUCCACACUCAACAAACAUCUGAGAAUCCGCAAUUUCAUCAUUAUUAGUAAAAUUCUUUGCUUUAAUUAAUCUUUAAUACGAAAAACAGGAUUUGUUAGAAAAUGGGUUCUCUGCAGAUUUUGAAUCCCACCCUGUCUCUGUUUUCUAUUUCUCAGUCGAAUUUCCAUGGAAAAUUUGAUUCCAGGAAGAGAAUCCUCAGGUUGAGAAGUAAUGGGUGCUCCAGGUAUUUUGGAAGCAAACGGUUCAAAAUACGUUGCGCAGUUCAGGAAGACGAUAACCAAAACAAAGGUGAAGAACGUCCGGAAUCAUUGUUUAUGAAGGAACUUAAGAAGAGGGGAAUAACCCCUACAUCAUCGCUGGAGGAUGCAAAAAGAGGAAACUAUGUUGUGGAUAAAGAGAUGAAAGUGGGGGACGAAGAAGGUGGAGGUUUUUCUAAGGGAAAUGCUGUCUCUACUGAUUAUGAGAGGAACCUGACUAAUCAAAGGGAGGAGUCCAUGCAACUGAACAGUGAAGGCCUUGAGGGCUUGAUUCCUCGGGCUAAACUCUUGCUAUCACUUGGAGGAACAUUCUUCCUGGCAUUUGGACCUUUGAUCCUCGUAACUGUAGCGUUCUUUUCUGCUAUCUACCUUUAUUUUGGAUCAUCUUUCGUCCACGAUGCUAGCAACAAGACUAUAUCGCCUCCACAAUAUAUUGACCCGUAUGCACUUCUGGAAGAUGAAAGGAUAUCUCAAACAGCCCCACGAAUAAACUGAACAGA